AAAGUGACUAAUAAAUAUUUCUUUUUAAAUAUUAAAAGGGUUUUCAUUAAGGGUUUUUAAUGCAAUAGCCAUGAAAUUCCACUUGCAAAAGGUUUUUUAAAUAGUCCUGAAAAUAUAGGAAUGUUGGCUUGGUUCUCUCUACUCCAAAAAUGUGUUUGGUAUCAAGUGUUUGUCUAAUGAGUAUUUUGAGAAUGGCAACUAAGCAUCUUGUUAUACAGCGAAAGUGUCAAUUAAGAUUUCUUGAGUAAUAAACGUGUAAAUAAGGCUGUAUUACUGGCCAUAAACCAUGGUGGAUUUGAUUUUUUAAAUCAUAAUUUAAAUCACUAGUCAUGAAGACUCAAUGUAAUCAUGGUUUUCUAGAUAAAAGUGCAUUCCUGUUGGUUGUUAUAGCCUUAAUACAUAUUCUUCACAACUCAGAGUUAGAUCCAAUGGUGCGUUAUAAUUUGUUCUGCUUGUGCAGAUACUCUUUAUAUUUCAGAUCCCUGAUGUAAAAUAGCCAAACUGCAUGUUUGAACCUGGGCCUGUGUGAUUUCAGUCAGUUGGAUAAUUUGGUUAUUUUUCUUCAUUAGUUUGUACAGACUUGUCCAAUUGACCCACAAAGAAAAGUUAAAGUUUAGAAUAUUACUGGUAUCCAGUGUGUUAGUUCUUUUAUCCUCAUGAGUUGGGAAGUAAUAGGUUAAGGUAGGAGUUUUUAACAUAGUUAUAUUACACAUACACUGCUCUACUGGUGGUUCUUGGCACAAAAUCUCCUCUAAUCCAAUGGCAUUGUAGCAAGGUUGAGACUCACCAGCAUAGCGCCUCCUCCUGGUCAUGUAGGGAAUUAGCUCUCCAAUGUACAGAGUGCCUCCUACUGGCCAGUGUACAGGGCCAGAGCUGGUGCAACCACUAGGUGAACUAGGCAGUUGCCUAGGGCGCCAAGUGGUUGGGAGCGCUAAAAAGCGGUGCCCUGGCUCGGAAGGGAGGAGCCGCCUUCCGGAGGCACCGGAGAGCCAGAGCGUCGGCUUGCAGGGGCAGCGAGCCGCAGCCAUGGAGGAGCCGGCGCAGCGCGAGGGGGGAGGGGGGUAACAGCCCUUCAAAGGCGGCGGUGGCGCAUGGGGCCCCGAGCCUGCUCCAGGAGGGGCAGCGGUGGCUCACACUCCUGGGAGCUGCAGAGCCAGAGCAGGGCGAGGGGGGAAGCCGGGGGAUGCACGGGGGCCGCCGCCCGCAUGCAUCCCCUGUCUGGGAACUGGUCCUGCUUUAAGCAGGGGGUUGGACUAGAUAACCUCCUGAGGUCCCUUCCAACCCUGAUGUUCUAUGAUCUUGCCUUUAGUAAGGCUUUUGAUACUGUCUCCCAUGACCUUCUCAUACACAAACUAUGGAAAUGAAACCUAGAUGAACAUAACAAUAAAUACGAUGGGCAUAAUGAGUGGGGUUCUCCAGGGAUCAGUUGUGGAUAUGUUUCUAUUCAAAAUCUUAAUGACUGAGAUAAUGGCAUAGAGAGCACUUAUAAAGUUUGUGAAAAUUUAAGGUCUAGAAAACAUGACCUAUGAGGGAACAUUGAAAUAUGAUAACAGUUUUCAAGCAUGUACAAAUAAAGUAGCAUCUUUUUACAAAAGCAGUUUCUUACAAUCUAUACGUAUCACUAACUGCUACAGAGAGCACGUUUCUACACGUAGCAAUUUCACAUACACUGUCGUGCAAGAAACUGCUAGCUGUAGGCAUUUGCUACAUCAGGUAGCAGUUUAAUACAAUAGCAGUUUCUUCCAAUCUAUACGUAUCGGUAAGUGCUCCCGGUAGCACAUUCCUACGCGGAGCAGUCUCCGAAACACAGCUCCCAGCUCGGCCCGGCUGAACCCCGGAAGGCAGCGGCCAGGAGGCCGGUGUGACGACACCCCGGGCCAGGGCGGAGCAUAAGACCGGGUUCCCGGCUCGCUCUCUGUCACGGUGCAAGCCCCAGCCCGCUGCAGAGCCCGGUCCGGAGUCUCCGUUUCCCCUGCCCAGGUGUCUGUGCAGAACCGCUGCCGCCGGUCUCCCCAUGGCGAGUUUCUUCCGCGGCCCCCUCCCGGGGCGCCCCUCGCUGCCGCUGUUCCUGCUGCUGCUCCGCGUCUCCCUCGCGCAGGAGAGGGCGGCGGCCACGUCCCUGCUGAGCGGCUAUUUCGGGACCAAGUCCCGGUACGAGGAGGUGAAUCAGCACCUGCUGCAGGACCCGCUCUCCCUGGGGCCCCCGGACCCGGGGUACCUGCUGCCCUCCGCCGCCUGCGCCCCGCUGCAGCUCCGCGCCCUCAUCCGCCACGGCACACGCUUCCCCACCGAGAAGCAGAUCCGCAAGCUGGGCCAGCUGCACCGCCUGCUCCGCAGCCAGGAGCGGCCCUGCCCCGCCGCGCAGCAGUUCGCCCGCUGGGACAUGUGGUACCACCCAGACAUGGACGGGAAGCUGGCGCCCAAGGGCCGCCUCGACAUGGAGCAGCUGGCCCAGCGUCUGGCCGCCCGCUUCCCCGGCCUGUUCUCCCCGCAGCGCCGCUUCGCCUUCGCCAGCAGCUCCAAGCACCGGUGCGUGGAGAGCAGCGCCGCCUUCCGCAAGGGGCUGCAGCUGGCCCUGCACCGGCAGCUCCCGGCCAGAGGUAACGAAGCGGGAAAGGCUGGCCUGGGUGCCCCGGCACACUCGGGGGGGAAUAAAGUGGGGCCCUGGCCUGGGGGCCUUUGGGCCCCAGCACACACUACUGGCUCAGAUAUCGAGAAUGAAGAGACUGAGAUUAAUGACAAAUUAAUGAGGUUCUUUGAUCAUUGUGAGAAGUUUGUAACCUGUGUAGAAGAGAACGCUACAGCUAUGUACGAAGUGGAUGCCUUCAAACAGGGUCCUGAGAUGAAAAGGGUUUUGGAAAAAAUUGCAGCUACCUUGUGUGUACCAGUGCGUGAUUUAAAUGCAGAUUUGGUCCAAGUUGCUUUUUUUACCUGUUCGUUCGAGUUAGCUAUUAAAAAUGUGAAUUCUCCUUGGUGCUCACUCUUCAAUGAAGAGGAUGCUAAGGUACUGGAAUACCUGAAUGACCUAAAGCAGUACUGGAAGAGAGGAUAUGGGUAUGAUAUCAACAGUCGUUCCAGCUGUAUUUUAUUUCAAGAUAUCUUCAAACACUUGGACAAAGCCAUUGCGGAGAGUAAAAGUUCCAUGCCCAUUUCUUCACCUGUAAUCCUGCAAUUUGGACAUGCAGAGACCCUUCAGCCACUGCUUGCUCUAAUGGGUUUCUUCAAGGAUGAGGAGCCCCUUGCUGCUAACAAUUACAAAAAACAAAUGCAUCGGAAGUUUCGUAGUGGUCGCAUUGUGCCUUAUGCCUCAAACCUGAUAUUUGUGCUUUAUCACUGUGACCAAGCUAAGACCCCUGAGGAGGAGUACCAAGUACAGAUACUGUUGAAUGAAAAGCUGCUGCCAUUUCCUCACUCGGAGGAAACUGUCUCUCUGUACACAGAUCUGAAGAACCAUUAUAAGGACAUCCUUCAAAACUGCCACUUCAGUGAAGAAUGUGAAUUAUCAAAAACUAAUAAUACUUCCACUGAUGAACUUUGAGGGAGAAGAAUAGAACAAAUAUCAUGGAAAUUGAUUUCUGGUAUGCAGUUUGGUAUGUGUGGUGAACAAGUGUUUCUCAUCAGUGUUGGUUUUUUAUUUCCUGCUCAUAUAUUCACAUUCUCAUCUUGCAUCUCCAAACUAAUAAUAAAUGCUUAUUCCUAUGUCUUAAUUCAGGAAUUUCUUAAAAGUCUAAGUAUAUAUUGUCUCUAUUGCAUGAGCACAAUUUUGAAAAUCAUUUCUUUAAUUAACCUGACUAUUGGGAUAAGCAUUUGUUACAAAUAUGAAGAUGCAAGGUAAAGUAUAUUUAUACAUUUAUAUGCAUUAAUAUAUAAUUAUUUAUAUUAUUCCUGGUUUUUGAGCUUGCACAGUAGAUAAGUUUAGAGGACCAGGACACUUUAGCUUACCAGAAUGGCACUUAGUGGGACUGAUGGCAUUUCCCUCUCAUCUGUCUCCCUCGCUCUAUCCUUUCUUCUGUUUCUUAGUGUUUCUCUGAUGUCACAGGCAUAAAAUGACCCUCUCCUAUUUGCUUAUUUUUACAGCUAGAUGUUGGCUGCCCUUUCAAGGUUCAAUAAGGAAAGGGUGCAAAGUGCUUUCUCCCCAACCACUGUCUGGGCAGGAGUCAGCCAUGAUUCUAAUUCCUGCACUCUUCUGAGCAUAGCAACUUCCUUGGAUAGUGCCCCCAUGGGUAUUGUCCAACCAAAAAGACGCAGGGGGUUGAAUUUCCAUGGCAUAAAGCCUUCUUCAGCCUAUCUGCCAGAGCUAAUUGGUCACUGAGGGAAGCAUGUCCUGAAUUUUCUGAAGCCGUGCAGUGGCCAUUGCUCUGGAAGAUGUACCAAUCCUCUGCCAGCCUUAUAGGUCUCCUUCAAUUUCAUACUGUUUUUGUUUAACAGUUCAGGUUAAGGCAUACAAAUAUUGCAUGUUUGGCCCCAUUCAGACUGGAUUUCCUCAUCCUCUGACAAGUGGUGGUGAUGAUAUAGUAUAAUAACUAUCAGGCAGAGAUUUUUACUAUUAUUCUGGAGCCAAGUGCUAUCAAUGCUACCCAAAAGCUUGGGCUUUUUUGGGUAUGUCUACUUUGCAGCUGGGAGUGUCCUUCCCUACUCGGGUCGACAGACGUACGCUAGUUACACUUGAGCUAGUGUGCUAAACAGUGGUGUAGCCAAGAGUAGCUUGGGUGGCAGCUCUGGCUAACCACCUGAGUACUAACCCACUGGACAUCCUGGAUUCAUACACGUUUGGCUAGCCCAAGCUACCACCUGUGCUGCCUUCAGCUACACUGAUGUUUUUUUCCGUGCAGCUCGAGCAGAGCUGACAUGGUCUGUCUACCUGAGCUGGGAAGCACACUCCCAAGUGGAGUGGAGAUGUACCCCCUGCCUAUGUGCCAGCCAAUCCUUGAAACAGGACUUUUAUUCUAAAAGAAUGGACUACUUGUUCCCUGAGUGUAGUAUUGCUAAUUUUUAAAGGAGAUUGUACCUGUAUUGAAGUAGGAUUAUUUGCCUCUGAAAAAUGUAAUAAAUGCAGAUAAUUACAAAGAGUAAAUGUCUGAAAUAGAAUACAGAUAAUGAAAACAGUCAAAUAGAAACCAUUAUCAUGGUUGUCUCAUUAGGCAGAUCAUAUUGAGAAAUGUCAAGAUCUAUUAGAAACCAAUGAAACUCAAGCAGUUGCAAAGUUAUAAGAAAUAAAAUUCUAAGUGCCUAAAUACCACUGUUUCACAUAGGUGCUCUUGAAGAUUUUGCUCGUGUGGUCUGUUGUUCGCAAGUCAUAUUGGUUAAUUGAAUGAGUAGGAUCAAAUCAGAUGAUAAAAUAACUUUUUGGAAAAUAAAAUUUGAACUCAAAAUAACGUUGACAUUAUUUGAUUUUAAUACUUUUUAAUGGAACCAUACCUAUAUUUUUAUCGUUUCAAUCUGUUUUACAAGCCUUAGCAUUAUGCUGGGCAGUACAAUAGUGUAUUAUAAAUAUGACAGUCUCAAUGAAGGGAUAAUGGUUUAUCACUAAAUGGAAUUGCUAAAACGGUAGGUAUUUCUAAACAUUUGGAAAAGUCUUCAAUACAUUCUUAGUGAAAUAUUAGUACCUUAGUAAAGCUAAAUCACGGCAGUUAUCUUUUAAGUGAAUCAAGUACUGAUAGGAUGGAUAAGGAACGGCAUUCAUACUGAAGCAAAUGUGGCAAAGAAAUGAACUCUGUCAGUAUUUGUAUGAACUUUUCUGUUUUAUGUCCAUCUUCGUCUCAGCUUUUUCUCUUGCUUGGUCCUAUAUUGAAGCUAUAGUAGUAUAUGACUUCAGUUUAUUGUCAUAAUCCUUUUCAUAAUACUCGUUAUUAUGGGCUUUACUGCAGGAGCAAGUGGGGAGAAAAGCUAUGAAGAAUUAAACUUUUUCUAAACACACCUAGUUUAAAUACAAAGUAACCAUAAGGAAUCGUGAAAAGCCACCCUGAAACAAAUAAUCUUCUAUUUCCAGGAAUGAGUCACCUUGUUUUAAUGAGAAUAUGUUCUGGUUUUGAACCUUAUGGGGUGAAAUGUUGGCCCCACUGAAGUCAGUGGAAGUUUUUUCCACUUCUAGGAGCCAGGAUUUCACCCAUGAAGUUUAUUAAAAGGGCUAAGAUGACAAAACUGGAGUCUGUACACAAACCCAUUGGACAUAAGCCUCCUAUAACUAAAGCAGCUACCUUUCUCAUUCACUUAAUUUUGCUCCAAGAUGGAGGUACUAUUGAGUAGUCCCAUCCACUGUAGUGCAUGGAGGUUUUUUGGGGUUUUUUGGCAUGCAUAAGGGGAAGCAGAGAUGGGUUCUGUUUUUCAGCUGAGGACAAUUCAGUAGUGUCUGCCAGUGAGUCAAUGUGCUGGGUGGAAAAUCAGUUUGAAUAAUUGAAAUUGUGCAAGUUUGGUUCUGCUGUAUUACGUGUAAGGUGUUUUGGAAAACUGUAGCUUGAGUUACUCGUUUGGCAUAAUCAAAUGUAUAUUUUUGGAGCUGAUUAUUUCAGAUAGUGGAUUUAAUUUAGCAAAUUCUAGUAAAAGGUUACAGAUGCAAAUGCAUAUUUUGAAAAUGUACUACACGAACAUUGUAACUGCUCCUUAAGAUUUUAACUUGGAUUGGGUUAUUUUGGUGUAACCUAGUAAUUUUAAAAUAAACUUGUUGUAUAUUAAAUGAAAAAGGAAACUAAGAAAGAUGGUAAGUGUGCUCCAUUACACAGUUGGGCACUAGUCCUGCUCUCAGCAAUGCAAAGGUAGACUGCUUUGCCUUGUUGCAAUUACAUGAUUGGAACCUUAAUCCUGCAGUAUUCACUAUGACUUGAAUAAUCUUUUCCCUUUGGCAAGCUUUCUAAGUUAUGCAUUUGAGACCUUACUUGUGCUGAUGCAAGGUACUCCUUGUUUCUGGAGAGGUAUGAGCAAAACUAAUUUGUUACUUUGCCAAGAUUUUACUAUUAAAAAAAAAAAUAACACUGUAGAUAUGUUUUACUUAUCAGAUGAAGCCUCGGUUUGCAAUCAUUCUGCAAUCAAAAACACUCUGAUUACAACAUUGGAUGUAUUAUAUUUAAUGCUACUAUUGAAUACUUGAAACAGUCUUUGCUCUAGCUUCAAACUAUUCUUAGUAAUCUUUCUGGCAUCUUUUAGCUGACCACCUCUUAAUUUUUCAUGAUAAACAGUGAAUCUCAACACUGUAAUUCUGGCUAGCAUAAAGUUGUCCAAUAUUUUUUGCUGUAUGUGGUAUGUAUUUGCCGUGGUACUGUAAGUGCUUGGAUGAAAAUAAUUGGCUUUUUGGCCAAAUCUUUUAGUACUAUGAAGUAUGAAAAGUCUCACCCUAUUUGAUAAAUAGAGAUCUAUCUCAGUAGCUCUGUCAGCAACAUUAACUACACGAAGGUCUCUGGCAACUACUGCAAUCUCCCGCAAAUACAGUUAGUAACUACUUUAUUUGAAAUUUUAUAUUUGCAUAAUCACCUUGAUUUCUUUCUCUGGUUAAUGUAAGCCUUGAAGUGGGGGUUGAUGUAGAUUACCUACAUAUUAACCAAUAACUUUAUUUUUCAAUUUGUAUUUUGAAGUGCAUUGUAUUUACUGAUCUUUAUGGGGGUCUUAUUUGAAAUGAUAAUAGUAUUCCAAUUUAAACUUCUAACAGACUAUAUUAAUAUUUCUGAUAUAUAACUUAAAGGAGUGAAAUGCAAUUUAAAGAAUUAGAAUAACUAACUAUCGUGACUAGGGCCUUUCCAAAUUCACAGUCCAUUCUGGUCAAUUUCACAGCCAUAGGAUUUGAAAAUUAAUCACUUCCAUGUUUUCAGAGGUUUACAUCUGAAAUUUCAUGGUGUUGUAACUGAGGUUGUGGAGGGGGUCACAAAGCUGUUGUGGGGGGUCAUGGGAUUGCCACCCUCACUUCUGGGCUCUUAAGGCAACACCCCCGGAGCUUCCUGCAGCUGCAGGAGGUUCCUAGAGGUGGAGAUGGGUCUGAUCUCCCCCGUGCUGCUGGGAGUGCCCUAGCCGGGGGCUCCUAGCUGCUAGUUCUGGCCAGGUUGGGGAGGGACAGGACUUGCUCUUCCCCAGCACAGCCACUCUCUGGGCAGAUCAGACCUGCUUCCAGGUAUCUCCCGUGGCUGCAGGAAGCUCCAGGACUGGGCAGCAGCCCCGGAGCUUCCUGUAGCCACAGGAGGAUGCUGGAGGUUGAGGUGGAUUCCUCCCCUGUGCUGCAGGGUGCUCCCAGCAGCACAGGGUAGGUAUCUGGAAUUGGGUCUGAUUUCCCCCCUCCCCCCCAUGAGUGCAGCCCUGCAGGGGAAGAGCAAGUCUUGUCCCUCCCCAACCUGGCCAGAACUAGCAGCUAGGAGCCCCCGGCUGGAGUGCUCUCAGCAGCACAGGGGAGAUCAGCCCCAACUCCAUCAACUUCCUACAGCUGCCCAGUCCUGGCGCUUCCUGCAGCUGGGGUAGGUACCCAGAUGUGGGUCUCACUCCCCUCUUCCCCCCCUCCCUUCUCACCCCCCCCCCCACACACACACUUUCCCCAAGUGGCUGUGUAGGGGAAGAGCAAGUCCUGUUCCUCCCCAGCCUGGCCAAGACUAGCAGCUGGAGCCGGAGGCCUGGUAGGAGCCCCGGGCUUGGGAACUCCCAGCUAUUCCCUUCCCCUCCAAUAGCUAGAUUUCAGAGGAGAGGACUGAUUACACAGUCCGUGACAUGUUAUUCACAGUGUGAAUUUGGUAGGUCCCUAAUCGUGACAGGAGCCAGUCUCUUAAAAUAAUUGCAAUAAUGUCUUAAGGAAAAAUGAGUCGUUUUCUUGCUCUUGUCUUUUGUAUCCCCAGAAAUUUGAUGCUUAAACAUCUGUUUUUUGUAUAGCUCCUAGCACAGUGGAGUCCUGCUCCAUGAUUAAGGCUCCUAGGCACUAUGGAAAUAUAAAUAAUAUUGUGAGAAAUAUUUUUCUUCAGUAGACUUAAAUCCUGAACAUGUGUAUUGUCUCACUGUAAAUAAACAUGCUAUUUCUAUUCCAUUCAAGUUUAUUUUCCUUGUGUUUUCAUCAGUGUAGCAGCUCUUGUGCAUCAACUCAACGAUGAUUACAUAGCAACGUUCAAUAAGUUCAUAUUUUUAUUUCCUGUUUAAAGAGUGCUAUUUUUCAUAUGAUGAUUUUUAAUCUGUAUUAAACCACAAUUGCUGAGAAUUUUA